AUGCAUUUAGACAACCAGAUUAUCCAGAUAUAUCUUUCUGUUGCAUUUGGAUUCGACCUUAAUCUAACAUUAAUCGCAUUAUCUUUUUUGUGUAGCUAUCUCUCGCGGUUAAUAACGACUGUUUGGGCUGACCAUUUGGGAUGGGUAUCAACAGUGAUUCCAUCCAAUUCCCAAACGUCUCAUUACAAACUAAAGCAUGAACCACAGUGGAUCCAGCUGCUAGCCAAAUCUCAUCCCUACAAUCCGUUAUGGGCAAAGUUAGGAGAUCUCCUGGGCAUUUGUGGUAGCCCAGCCCGUCUAACCAAAACCAUUCUGGUCAGUCAGAACCAGACCUUGCUCGACGCCUACCUUCAUUUGCUCUGCUAUUUUGUCCGCACAUCCGACCUGGCGUUCCACCGGUUCGAGCCGGUUGUCCCGGUGCAGCCGGCCUCCGACACGUCGACGCAGCGUCUGCGCCGGUUUCAGUCCGGCGACAAUUUCCGACCCAGUUCCAUUUUUAAACACAAACACCAAAGCGGAUCGUCGAGACCACGGCUGCAGUCGCUGAACGAAAUGGGCAUGGGACGCUCGAAGCGGAAUCCUUCGAUGAGUAAGCGGAAUAGUGAUGCCGGUGUCGGCUCGGAUGAUAGUGUCUUCGAAGGAAAUUAA